AUGGCUCCUCAAUCCGAAAAGAGCCAAUUGAAACGAACAAGAGGUUCUCUACCAGAAUCGGACCUGGAUGCGAAGAAGCCCCGCCGUUCAGAGAGGAUAUCGCCAGGACCCAACGACAAGACCCCAGUCUCCAACAAGCACCAACUUCCGUCCCCGGUUACGAGGGACGGCGAUUCGGACGAAGUCUACAAGGAGCCCACCGCCACGCCCCCGGAGGGCCGGCCCAGCCAGGUCAAUCACCGCGAAAAGGACGACGCGUCGCAAGCCUUGAACAACAUCUCGUCGCCACCGCAGGACACUCAGGCCUUUUCGCAAUACCCCCAGGAGACGAAAGAUGCCCUUUCGGACGAGGUUGAAGAUGAGGUAAAGGAGGGUGUCUGGGGAUAUCUGUUCCCACUCGAUACGAAGUAUGGCAAGGUCGUCGUUAUGAAGAAGAGGGCUGCUUGCCCUUUGCCAGAUACCAUCGACGCAGCGAAAGACUUAGCGGCUAAGGACCAGAAGGGCAAGUCGACUCUGCAAAAAGAGGAGGAGGCAUAUGAACGUACGAAGAUUAAGGGGGUUGCUUCGGGCGGGUACUUGAUCGGACGUCACCCGGAGUGCGGUAAGUUUGGCCUGCCCCUGGUUGUAGUCAUCGACGCUGACGGAAUGCAGACAUCGUCGUGGAUGACCCCAUUGUUUCGAAUCGACACUGCCUAA